AUGGCGCGCGGCGGACGGAGCGUGGCGCGGCCCGCGGCGGCCCCGGCACCGGCCAGCCCGGCCCCCGCGGCCCCGGUGCCGGCGGCGCAGCCGGCGCAGCCCGGGCUGAUGGCGCAGAUGGCGAGCACGGCGGCCGGCGUGGCCGUGGGCUCCGCCGUGGGACACGUCGUGGGAAGCGCCCUCACCGGCGCCUUCAGCGGCGGCUCCUCCGAAGCGGCCAAGCCGGUGACCCCGGCGCAGGAGCCCGUGCAGCGGCAGUCGCCCUACGGACCCUGCCACUAUGAGAUGAAACAGUUCUUGGAAUGUGCUACCAACCAGAGAGACCUGACCCUGUGCGAGGGCUUCAACGAGGCCCUGAAGCAGUGCAAGUACAGCAACGGUGUUUCUUCUCUCCUGUGAAGAAUCUGCCCUACUGUAGGGAAGAAGACUGUGGUGUAGAGCCCUGCUGCCCACAGAGAGUGGAAGGAUGGACAGGGGAUGGAUGAGCUGGAGGCAACAGACUGACUAGGCAGGAGUCUUCUAGUGAUAAUUCACUUAGUAGGGAAGGAAAGGAAUGUCUGGGCCUGUGGGACUUCAGAACUCAGUGUUGUAUUUAUUACAGAGAAAUAAAGGAGUUUAUUUGGACCUGCUA